GGGUGAUAUUCAAUGAUUGGCUAGGUGGGGAAUGAGAGGCCGGAGGCUUGCAUUUCUGAUCAGUGUUCCUGUUUACGUCUCGCACACCCACGAAGCAAGGACAGCGGACAGGGCUCAGAGGAGUGUAAGGAAGGCUCGGAUUUAGUAACGGCUGGCGGUGGACGCAGCAGAGACGACCACUGCGGAGCAAGCGCCUCACGAGUCCGUAGUUUUGUAAUGUUAAAGCUGGGGAAGUUGACUAGUUUUCAUUUUAGUACUUGAUUUUUUCGUAAUUGCUCCCCGUAAAAGAUAUGAACCUCUGGCUAAUAUGCAAAACUUUCUAAUGACUUGUCCUGUCCGCGCUUCUUUUAUGGCUCCCAUUUUACCCGAACGCUGGAAACUAUAGCUGGAAUAUUGUUCUAUAAAGUUUAUGGUUUUGUUCAUUUGGAGUUAUUGGUGAUAUUUGGGUCUUCUCCACGGACAUACUGCAUUAGAGAACCUCUUAGGCGGAUCGUUUUGAGUUGUUUUUAUUUAUUUAUAUUCCAAAGGAUACAUUCUUAUAUUUAUGUUAGCUAUCCCAUGCUGUCUUGGGCUAUUUAUUUCAAGUAGGGUUACCUAAACUACGUGUGGUCUACCCGAACAAACAUCUGGACUAUAUAUGUAUACUUCUGAGACGUUUUGUCCUUGAGAAAAUCAAUUCAAGUGACAGGGACAUUGAAGAGUAGAGGGGGAACAGCAACGACACCGAGAGCACCUGGGACUUACUGCGUUGGUGGUAUCACAAGUAAACAUGAGUGACCACGGACUCGGUGCCCUGCUGGUUCUUCUAAUUGUCAGUGGAUAUCUCGUCUCCAGCGCUGAGAGCACGGACUAUAGUGAGGUUCUCCCGGAUUCGUUCCCGUCCGCCCCGGCAGAGCCCCUCCCAGAGUUCCAGCUAGAACCCGAGGAUGGGUUCAUUGUGAAGAACCGCCCGGUUCAGCUCCGCUGUAGAGCCUCCCCCGCCACUCAGAUCUACUUCAAAUGCAACGGAGAGUGGGUCAAUCAGAACGACCACGUAACCAGGGAGAGCCUGGACCAGCUCACAGGUCUAGUGGUGAGGGAGGUGGACAUCUCAGUGUCCAGGACCCAGGUGGAAGAGCUCUUUGGGCUGGAGGACUUCUGGUGUCAGUGUGUGGCUUGGAGCUCCGCAGGGACCACAAAGAGCAGCAGAGCCUACGUGCGCAUCGCAUACCUUCGUAAGAACUUUGAGCAGGAGCCACUGGGCCGAGAGGUGAGGUUGGAACAGGAAGUGCUGCUUCAGUGUCGACCUCCUGAGGGCAUGCCCCCUGCUGAGGUUGACUGGUUGAAGAAUGAGGACACUAUAGACCCUGCUCAGGACUCAAACUUUCUGAUGACCAUCGACCAUGACCUGAUCAUUAAACAGGCCCGUCUCUCCGACACGGCCAACUACACCUGCGUGGCUCGGAACCAGGUGGCCAAGAGACGCAGCAGUACCGCUACACUUAUAGUCUAUGUAAGUGGGGGCUGGUCAUCUUGGAGUGAAUGGUCGGAGUGUAAUGCCAGGUGUGGGCGGGGCUGGCAGAGACGGACGCGCAGCUGCACCAACCCUGCGCCUCUAAAUGGAGGAGCCUUCUGCGAGGGUCCGCCUUUCCAGAGAGUCACAUGCACCACUCUGUGUCCAAUGGACGGAGGCUGGACUGAGUGGGCCAAGUGGUCAGCAUGCGGAACAGAGUGCACCCAUUGGAGGAGCAGGGAGUGUCAGGCCCCUCCCCCCCGAAACGGAGGACGCCACUGCAUCGGGAGCAUGAUGGACAGCAAGAACUGCACAGAGGGACUUUGUACACGCAAUAAAAAGGUUUCUAUUGAACAGACCAGUCAUCCGUUGGACCCAGGCAUGGGUGUAGCGGUGUACUCUGGCCUGGUGGGGGCACUCCUGCUGUGUGUGGUGUUAGUGCUGUGUGUGGGUGUGUUGGCGUACCGACGCAGCUGUCGCCAUCUCCACGGUGAUAUCACAGACUCCUCUUCCGCCCUCACCGCAACAUUUAACUACAAACCCCCCAGGCAGGACAACCCCCACCUGCUCCAUCCUUCUGCACCCCCGGACCUGACAGCCACCGCAGGCACCUUCCGGGGUCCACUCUUCUCCCUGCAGCAGGGUGCAAAUGACCCCCACCACAAGAUCCCCAUGACAACCUCUCCCCUACUGGACCCCCUGCCCAAUCUCAAGAUCAAGGUGUACAACUCCUCCACUGUGUCAUCCCUGGAGCUACCAGCAGGUGGCCACGGAGACCCGGAGAUCCUUAGCCUGAAACAUGUGGGCAUGGGCGGUACCUUGGAGAGCACCAUAUCACGGGACAGACUUGACCUUGGCAGAGACGGGCACAGCGGGCACCCCCACAGCGGGCAUCCCCACAGCGGGCAUCAGACGCUGCCCAGGGAGCCUGGCCACAGCACUUCUGCCACCCUGGGCAACCUGGGGGGGCGCCUCACCAUCCCCAACACAGGUGUUAGUCUGCUGGUUCCUCCUGGUGCAAUUGCUCAGGGGAAGUUCUAUGAGAUGUACCUCCUCAUCAACAAAUGGGAGAAAACCACGUUGCCGUCGGAGGGCAGUCAGACGGUGUUGACACCAGUGGUCAGCUGUGGUCCAUCUGGCAUGCUGCUCAGUCACCCCGUGGUCCUCACGCUGCCUCACUGUGCCCAGCUGGACACUCCAACACCGGACUGGACACUGACCCUGAAGACACAGACACACCAGGGGGCAUGGGAGGAGGUGCUGACGCUAGGAGAGGAGAGUCUGUCUUCACCCUGCUACCUUCAGCUAGAGGAGGCUAACUGCCAUGUGGUCAUGGAACAGUUGGGAACCUACUGUCUGGUGGGCCAGUCCUGCCCUCCUCAGCCCGCCUGCAAGAGACUUCAGCUAGCCCUGUUCGCUCCCAGAGCCCCUUGCCUCUCCCUGGAUUACAGCCUCCGGAUUUACUGCACACAGGACAGUCCACAUGCUAUGAAGGAGGUGUUGGAGUUGGAGAGGAGCCUGGGUGGGGUGUUACUGGAAGAGCCUAAACCCCUGCUGUUCAAAGACAGCUACCACAACCUCCGCCUGUCCAUCCACGACAUCCCACAUUCCCACUGGAGGAGCAAACUGCUGGCCAAGUACCAGGAGAUUCCGUUCUAUCACAUCUGGAGUGGCAGCCAGCAGCCCCUCUACUGCACCUUCAGCCUGGAGAGAGGCAGUCUGGCCGUGUCCCAGCUCACCUGCAAGAUCUGCGUUCGUCAGGUGGAAGGAGAGGGACAGAUCUUCCAGCUACACACAGAUAUUCAGGAGACCCUGGCUCCCUGCUCCCCUCUCCCCUCGGGGGGCGGUGGCCUGCCCUCCUCUCAGGUGGGGUCUUAUGCCUUUCGCCUGCCCACCUCCAUAAGGCAGAAGAUCUGUGCCAGUCUGGAUGCCCCCAGCGCUCGCGGCUGUGACUGGCGAAUGUUGGCACAUAGCCUGGGUUUUGACAGGUAUCUGAACUACUUUGCCACAAAGCCAAGCCCCACAGGUGUUCUGUUGGACCUGUGGGAAGCAUCUCACCAAGGCGACGCUGACCUCGUCUCCCUGGCAGCGGCUCUUGAGGAGAUGGGUAAAAGUGAGGUGCUGGUGGUCAUGACGAUGGACGGGGACUGUUGAUUGGUCAAGGAUAAUUAAAAGAGACUGUUUAAUUGGUCAAGGACAAUUAAAGCGCAAGGAUUAAAAAGAGUGGAAGAAACUCUUGUCCACUUCAAGAGAGAAAUAAAAAAUACACCAAUACUUGCCUAUGGAUUAUACGCAUAGAUAAAUACAACUAUGUUUCUAUGGCCUGUAAUAACUCUGAAACCCCAUCUGCGCUCAGUGCUCCCCCAUUAUCAGCUUCUGUAGGCCCAGGGCUCUGCUACCUGUUGCCCAUGUUCAGAAUGAGGCCUACACACCUCGCAGCAAAGUUCCAGCUCUACUGGUGUUGAAUCAUCCCAGUUUCAUUUGUGUGGUGUGAUUCGUGCUAUUUUGAACAGUUCAGAGAUGAACUGUUUAUCUGUACAUGAACACACUGCCUGAAGACCUUCAGAAAGGAAAUAUUAAGAACUUUAAAGCACAGUGACACACCCAAUUACACACAAACACACAGCCAAUUAGACACACACACACACACAGUGAGCAACAGGCAGGGCAAAGCUGUCUGACUCAAACCCCUCAGGACACACCACAGACACACAGACACAAAACAGACAGACAUGCAACAGACAGACAUACAGUCACAGACACAAAUCAGAUAGACAGCCACAGACACAAAACAAACAGACACACAACAGACAGAAAGACCAAGACCGCUUUUCUUUGUCUUUACAAUUACACAAUAUUGGAUCUCUUCAAAUUAGUUUUAUAUAUAUAUAUAUAUAUAUAUAUAUAUAUAUGUAUAUAUAUAUAUAUAUAUAUAUAUAUAUGACAACGAAACGUAGCUAUCAUAUCAGGAAUUAUUUUCUUUAAUCCAACAGUGAUUUCAGUUUCUUUCUUUCAUUUCAUUGUGGGAUGGAACAUUAAAGAUGUUAUGUCUGUUUCUACAGCAGCAGAGGAUCUGUGUUGACAGGAUGUCUAUUGGUGGGGGGGGGUCAAUGGGUCUGUGUUAACCUGUAUGUGUCUCUUGGGUGGGUCAAUUGGUCUGUGUUGACCAGUAUGUGUCUCUUGGGGGGUGGGGUCCAUGGGUCUGUGUUGACCUGUAUGGGUCUCUUGGUGGGGGUCCAUGGGUCUUUGUUGACCUGAAUGUGUCUCUUUGGGGGGGCUGGGGGGGUCCAUAUAAUUAGCAGCUCUCACUGUAGACCACAUAUUAUAAGUGUUAUUAUAAGACAUUAUGAAAGCUUAUACAUGCUUGUGGGUGGGUAAUGUGGCAUUCCAGACUGACUGAUUCUUGGUGUCGACAAAGGCCUCAGCUUUGGCAUGUUGUUUCAGUGCGGCCCAAAGGCCAACCUAUAUAAUUAGUCGGCCACUGGUUUUGACCGGGGACCUUCAGACCGACUGGGGCUGCGACAAGUCACAUUUCACUGGGAUGGUCUCCUCCCUCCAUCACCCUGCUGCGCCUCUCUCCUUCCACUCAUGGCAGGACAGGCUUCUGGUCUCCUGUUCUACGUUUCCCUCUAAGUAGGGAACACUAGUUAUCUUUAAGUUAUCAUCCAUGUUUGUGGAUAGUUAUUUUUCUUCCUGCACACAUAUAACAUGAUGCCAUUUUUGUUACGUUACAAUGACUAGGCUGCUCCCUCAGUUUUGUUUCAUGAUUAUUGAGAGGUUGUGCUCUGCUUUGGUUGCUGUGCUACUACGGAUGACAAUGAAGACCACAGAGCUGUACGACAACAGAGCUGUUGGCCAGAGAGUUGUCUUUGGGUUGUUUCCAGAAGGCCACACCGGAGAACACAAAGCAGGGUAUCUCAGUUGUCGCUGGCUGACUGAUCGUUUUUUAAAUCAGGUGCUCUCCUCAAGACGGUUCUAUCAGUAAAACUGUAAAACAACAAACGGAAAUGCCCAGCGGAACAUGGUGUUCGGAUUCAAUGCUUUGUCGUUCUGUUUCGGUGUCGUUGUGAGGAAGGGAACGAGGACAGAAUUAUUUUGUAUAUUUGCAGGUUAAUGUAGCCUUGAAUUACUUGCAGCAAUGGGCCGUACAUUUUACCUCAAGCGUUUUAUACCUUUUUCAUCUGUUUCCGCCUUUUCACCUCUACUUGACCGCUGUCACGACGUCUCUCCUUCUUUCCGUCAAUAUUCAUUGCCUUGUUUGUUUCUCCAGUUGGUUUAUAUUUGUCAGUCUCUUUCUUCUUCACUGUCUUAUUAUACACACAUUUUAACCGGCCUGUUUCUGUUGAUGGUCUUCUUGUUACUUCAUGCAUCUUCAGAAUAUUGUGGUCCCAAUAGUUCCUGUCUGAGGGCACAGCAGGAUGUCUAGAUGCAGUCCUCAUUAAGGAGGAUUUUAUACUCCAGCCUCUGUUAUGAUUACUAUCACUAGAAGACAAAGUGUUAAACUCAUAAGUAUCCCAAAUGGCACUCCAUUUCCUAUAUAGUACACUUCUUUGAAGUUCAUUGGCCUUGGUCAAAAGGAGUACACACACAACAGUGACUAGUAAGGAGCCAUUUUGGAUGCACCAGAACUCUGUAUGCCCGGCGGUGCACUGAUUUUCCCAUGUUUCAUAUUCGACAGAACAGUGAAACGCUGAUGUUGUGCAAAUGGACAGAACUGAAAAUAAUUGGUUGAAUAUGUCCGUCUUACUCAACAGUCCUGUUACCUCUCUGCCUCAGAUCUUAACAGUCCUGUGUCAUUUCUCGUUGUUCAUUAGCUACAGUGCUAUGCAAGUACAAACAAAAAAAAAUUGUGAAUUACAGGAUUUUCUUUGUUCCAAUCUCGGAAAGAGUAUGUCUAUUUUUUCAGUGACAGUUAAGAUCAGGGUGUGUACAUUCGCACUAAGAGGUGUAAUAAUUAUGUUUAAAACACCUGUUGCUUCUAGGGCUGGGACGGUAUUGCAAUACUUCUUAGUAUCGUAUGUAACGUCUUCAGGAAAGCAACCCUGAUGUCAGAAACAUCAUUAUGUGGCUGUCGAUAGUCAAAUGUAUUUAUUUUCUGCUGCAAACAGCAUUAUAUUUCAUAUACAGCAGGUUUAAACGAGCUGAGGAGUUUGGUAUGCAAUGUGUUUUCAUUUUUGCCAAGGCGAUUUUGGUAUCGUCACAGCCCUGGUUGUUUCAGUGUGGCUUCUCUGUGUUUAAGUAAUUGUAGCUAACUGGAUCAGACGCCCUGGAAUACGGGGCUAUGGCAAGCAACAAUGGACACCACUGCCCUGUAUCGCACACUCUGGGGAAGAAUAAAAACGAUGAUGAUGAGAGAAUUAGGACAACGAUGAACAUAAAGACUUUGCUCAUACCCUUUAGGAUCGUGUUCAACAGAAUAAGACAACUUGAACAAUGGCCAUGAAACUUCUGAACUCCUCUCUCUCCUUAGGCUUGGACUGUGUGAUGCCGAGGUGAGGUUGGCUAACAGUUAAGGUGUUAAAAGAGGCCACUGUGUUUCUUUCUUACAGGAUGCUAUGUAAUGUAUUCACUGGAAUGUCAUUCGUCUUUUCCCAUGACCCGGGAAACACAUGACAUUCAAAGGCUUAGGUCGGACUUACCCACAAUGCCGUUCAGUCAAAGAGAGAAUAUGAACACCUGCUUAAUUUGCUAUGAAGAAAAACACAAUUCAGAGAGAAAUUUGUUUUCAUUUAACUCUGUAAACUACCAGUUGUAAAUAAGUGUCUAGCCUUCUUACCUGUAACUAAAUAUAAUUUUUAUGCAAUAAAUUAUAUUUCCUAGUUUAACAAGUA